AUGGGCGUAUCUGGCUUGCUACCCCUUUUAAAGUCGAUACAGAGACCUAUCGAAUUAAAGACAUGCCGCGGCCAAACAUUGGGUGUCGACGCCUACGGCUGGCUUCAUCGGGCAGCAUUUUCGUGCGCUGUCGAGCUCGGCCAGGGUAAGCCCACAACGAGAUACGUCACAACUGCAAUGCACCGUGUACGUAUGUUGCUCCAUUUUGGCAUCAAACCAUACAUGGUUUUCGACGGCGACUACCUCCCUAGCAAAGCUGCUACCGAAGACUCGCGUGCCAAGAAGCGCGAGGAAAAGAAGCAACUCGCCAACGACCUCAUGAAAGCUGGAAAACCCGGCCAGGCUACUCAAGAGUUUCAAAAGUGUGUCGACAUCACCCCCGAGAUGGCCUCGACACUUAUCCAGGAGCUGAAAAAGAUGGGCAUCUCAUACGUUGUUGCGCCUUACGAAGCCGAUGCCCAGUUGGUGUAUCUUGAAAGGAAAGGGCUUGUUGACGGGAUCCUGUCCGACGACUCAGACCUACUCGUCUUUGGAGCAAAGCGCUUGCUCACCAAGCUUGACCAGUACGGCAACUGCAUUGAGAUCAACCGACGUGACUUUGGCGCGUGCCGAGAGGUUUCUCUCACCGGCUGGUCCGACACUGAAUUUCGCAGAAUGGCUAUCAUGAGUGGUUGCGACUAUCUGGCUGGUCUUCCCGGUGUUGGCCUCAAAACGGCACAUCGGUUGAUGCGUAAAUCUAAAACACCCGAACGCGUUGUUCGCAUGCUACAAUUCGACGGGAAGCGUGUAUCCGAGAAUUUUCUAACACAAUUCUACCAAGCAGAGCUCACCUUUCUGCAUCAGUGGGUUUUCUGCCCAGUGCAAAAGGGCCUGGUGCAUUUGACAGAUCUCGAUGAGACACGCACAGCCGCCGAGAUGCCGUUUAUCGGCGCAUACGUCGCGCCUGAUAUUGCCCGCGGUGUUGCCGCGGGCGAUCUCAACCCCAUGACAAAGGAGCCGAUGAUUUUGCACUUGACACCUUCUAAGCGGAAACUGGCGCAAACCAGGCCGUAUUCGGGGACGCCUGCGACGACACAGGCACCCGCAAAGCCCAUCACCUCCUUCUUCAAGACGCCUUACCGCAAGCCAAUGGGCGAGAUGGACCCAAAUUGCUUCUCCAUCGAUGCUGAGCGUGUCGCGCAGCUCACGAAUGGUGGAACGGUACCUCGCGUAUUUCCACUGCCUCGACCGUAUAUCGAAACCAACCAACCCCCCCAGUCACCAGACCGACGAAGUCAACAGUCUACAUUGCGCGGGACGUCGCCUCGUCUAAAUCGCCGGCGCAUAGGCACACCGAAAAAUAUGGCUGCUCAUACGGCUGGCAAGCCUCUAUUCGCUCGUCCAAAGGAGUCUGUCGUCGGCACACCGCGAUUGGAGACACAACGCCGUCCGCAGAAGAAAGCUCGUCUCUGCGACGAAAUCGAGCUCAUCGAGACGUCUCCCAAAAGCAGCAAAUUCUUCCCCACCAAGACGCCUCUUGCUGGUACAGAAACAGCCGCACCAGCCAGGAUGGAAGGAUACCUCUUCUCCGACGACUCCAUCGAGGAAGCGCUCAAGGGCCUACCGGAGACUGACAGCUGGGCACCCAGCGUUAGGACAGAACCCAUUAAAUUAGCUGUCUUUGAGGAUGCCAAUCAGGAUUCGAACUCACAGUAUACCACGUGCGAGAGCAGUCCGGUAGAGAUAGACUUGUCGAGUCUGUCUCGUAUAGAGAGCACUGAGUGGCCCAGCUCCUCCAUGGAACCGCGUCCCAUGCCGCCAUCCAAGUCUAUUGUGCCCCUAUCACAGGCGACAAAAACGCCGGCGCGCAGAAGCCUCAGCAAGUUUACCUCCACAUGGACUUCGUCCCCGCGAACGCCACUUUCCACGCCCUCGUCCAACAUCUCGGUCCAGUCCUGCGUCUUCAGCGCUGGCCUAUCCACAACAUCAACAGCCGCGUCGAGCGUCAGGUCUGCAUAUACAACACCUCUCGCGCGUCUCGGAGCCAAGGCAGCCCAUUCCCCUCAUUUCUCACCCAACAUGGCCGCGUCUCGGCGCCAUGCCAACAAUGACAAAGUUGCUACCGCACUCGGUGGUAACCUUCUCGCCGUGAAUCCGGCGUUUGUACCGCUGCCGAAAGUCGACACAAAUGAAGUGGAGGCGCUGCACAUGCCCUGCGGCGGUGGCGGCAGCGAGGACCAAAUUGUCCCCGAUAGCGAAGGCGAAGACGACGAGGACUUUAAGCUGCCCCCUGGAAAAAGGUUCAAUCCCCUGCAAUUUACAUUUCGUUGA